AUGGAACUCAACCGAGGACAUUUUCGCGCCAUAAUUUAUUACAACUUUCAGAGACAAUUAUCGCAACAAAAAUGCCUUGCUGAGUUACUGUCUGUUUUCGGCAACAAAGCGCCACAUCAGUCGACAAUUUCCCGUUGGUAUGGAGAAUUCAAACGUGGACGGGUGAGUCUUAGCGAAGAUUCCAGGGUGAGUGUACCAAAAACGGCAGUCACCCAGGAAAACGUCGAUGCUGUGCGCAAAGUCAUCAUUGAAGAUAGACAUGUGACAUAUCGCGAGAUUGAGGCAAGAAUAGUUUCUCGUUGGAUACCCCACCUGUUGACUGAAGAGCAGAAAGCAGCCAGGGUUAAUUGGUGUCAAUUUCGGAAACUCAAAAAAUGUUCGGCUGUUUUUGUGUUCCAAGGUGAAGAAAAGCCAACAAAAGUCAUCCGUUCUCGAAGUGCUUCGAAAGAGAUGGUCGCGACAGUUGUGACAAAAGCGGGUCAUAUUGCAACAAUACUUCUUAAUGAGCAAAGAACUGUCACUGCGGAUUCGUAUACCACCAUUUGUUUGCCAAAAGUCAUCACCGAGCUUCGAAAAAUCAACCCCCAAAGAAGAAUCAUCCUCCACAAAGUCAAUGCAAGCUCGCACACAGCCCAAAAAACAAGGCAGUAUUUAACGGAAGAAAACGUAGAAUUAUUGGGCCAUCCUCCAUAUAGUCCCGAUCUAAGUCCUAACGAUUUCUUUACUUUCCCGAAAAUUAAAAACAGACUGCAAGAAGCAGUUGACGCAUUUAAAAAUGCCGUUUUGGAUCUGCCAGCAAACGAGUGGAAUAAGUGA